GCUGACAUAUUAAUAUAGAGCAAUUUGACAAUGAGCAAGGAAAUGAUAGAAUAUGAUGACGAAGAAUAUGUGGAUGUGAACUCACUUCCACUAAAACCACCGCAGCCGCUGUUGCCCCCCGAGCGGCCGACCCGUCGUCCUUGGCAUCCAGUCAUGUGGGACAGCUCGAUAAUUGGCAUUCCGCCACCAGAUCACUCCCAGAAGGAGGAUGAGCCAGUCUCGAAGUCACGGGAAUACCCUCAUAAACAACGCAUACGCAACUUGCGACGACUCAUCGCGCAAGGGAAAGUGAAACCUACACCCGAGACACUCAUCUUCUUCCUGUGUAAUAAAUUCGCCAUUUCCGAAGAACGACAAAAAAACCUAUAAAAAUGUAAAAUUUAUAUUAUUAUAUCGUAUUAUUCUAUUUUUAUAUAUUAUGGUUUAAUCUUUAUUAGCUUCAUAUGACUUAUUGUCCAUUGACGUUAUAGCCUAUAGACAUUAGACACCUAGUGCCCGAUAUUUCUCUUCACAUUAAUUUUACCAAUUAUAACCUACAUGAGUUAUAAGGAAGCGGGUAGCUCUAUUACGAUUAGUUUUGCGCACUUCAUUAGGUUUACGUAGCCAUAGAAACACUACACUGUCUAACACUGUGUAAUGCUAACGGAAAGUGUAAAAUGUACUUCAGUCAGAUAGAACAAUAAGACGUCAACGGGGUAAAUAUAUCAAAUGUGUUAUGACUAGUAUAAGAUGAAUUCCGUAAUGUUUAUAAUAUUAUGAAUAAACCAAAUUAUUACAUGUAA